GUGCGCGUGCACGUACAUCCGGGUAUCAGCAGAGCGGCUUCCCUCUUCUGAUUUUGUCACACGGCUACAUCUCUCUGUUUUAGCUAGCGCACUUUUACUCUCAUUUUUUCACCAUGCCUUUCUCAGAAUUAUAUUUUAAUGUGGAUAAUGGUUAUCUAGAGGGGCUGGUGAGAGGAUUUAAGGCUGGCAUUUUAUCUCAGGCCGAUUAUUUGAACCUCGUUCAGUGUGAAACUCUGGAAGACCUGAAGCUUCAUUUGCAGAGCACCGACUAUGGCAGCUUUCUGGCCAAUGAAGCCUCCCCUCUCACAGUCUCUGUCAUUGAUGACAAACUGAAAGAGAAGAUGGUGGUCGAGUUUCGCCAUAUGAGGAACCAGUCCUAUGAACCUCUGGCAAGCUUUAUGGAUUUCAUCACAUACAGCUAUAUGAUUGAUAAUGUCAUCCUGCUCAUCACUGGAACUCUGCAUCAGCGUGCCAUCUCAGAGCUGGUGCCCAAAUGCCACCCACUUGGCAGCUUUGAACAAAUGGAGGCGGUCAACAUCGCCCAGACUCCAGCAGAGCUCUAUAAUGCUAUCCUUGUAGAUACACCGCUUGCCGCUUUCUUUCAGGAUUGCAUCUCUGAGCAGGAUCUGGAUGAAAUGAACAUUGAAAUAAUACGUAACACCCUUUACAAGGCCUAUCUCGAGGCUUUCUACAAGUUCUGUACAUCACUUGGUGGAACAACUGCAGAUACCAUGUGCCCUAUUCUGGAAUUUGAGGCAGACAGGAGGGCUUUCAUCAUCACUAUUAACUCUUUUGGUACGGAGCUCUCCAAAGAAGACAGAGCUAAACUUUUCCCUCACUGUGGCAAGCUUUACCCAGAAGGUCUAGCACAGUUAGCCCGGGCCGAUGACUAUGAGCAGGUCAAAGCUGUGGCUGACUAUUACCCUGAAUACAAGCUUCUCUUUGAGGGUGCUGGCAGCAACCCAGGAGACAAAACACUUGAGGAUCGAUUCUUUGAGCAUGAGGUGAAACUUAAUAAGCUGGCCUUCCUGAACCAGUUUCAUUUCAGUGUGUUCUAUGCCUACGUCAAGUUAAAGGAGCAAGAGUGCCGAAACAUUGUGUGGAUUGCAGAGUGUAUUGCCCAGAGGCACAGGGCUAAGAUUGACAACUACAUCCCCAUAUUCUAAUGGUACAUUACUCUUGAAUAGUGAUCCACAUGGCAUGCGUUAACUGUGCUCUGUGUUACGGUUUAAAAAAAAAUAUAAUUCUCCUUCCCGUUUCUUGCACUACAGCAUAUGUUUCAUUGUUUAUUUGUUUUCCAGUAAAAGAUCAUUGCUUUUUCUAUGACGUCCAGUUGAAGAUCUCUGUGGAUUACUCUUAAAUCAUUGAGGUUUUAAUCUAUUUUUCAGCAAUUUGUUGAGUGUAGAAAUGCAACUUUUAAACUUCACAGCCAGUCUUGUGUAAGUUUAUGUAAAAGUCUCUUAACUACACUGGUGGUCGGAAGAAAAUGUAAAGGAAAGUUCUGUGUUUUUAGUCCAAGAUAAAAAAAAUACAUUCCAUAAUUACUUUGUAUGCAUUAUGUAUUAUAUUCUUUUCAAUUAAUGUACACUGUCAGAUUAUAGCUUCACUGAACUCAUCUCAGUGCUUUUAGAGAGUCCAAUUUUCACGUCUUUUUUGCGUGUUCAUUAUACCUGUUUGUGAGAAAUGAGAAUUGUGUGCUUUCCUUUUGUAAAUUGGUGUUAAAAUAUGUGCUGACCUAAUUUAUGGAGUAGAUAUUUUAUGAUUGACAGCUGAUUUAGGAAGGUCAAAUGGAUCUAGUAUUAAGACCUUGCGCUCAGUUGUCUUGCAAUGUAAAACCUAUUGUACUGUUGUAACCAUAUUGUCUGUUUAAGUGAUUUAAAUGAAAUAUAUAUAUAUGUAUAUAUUAUAAACUGUA